CUUGGCUGCAUUUGGUUUACUGACACCGGAGACGCGACCAUGCUGUGGAAACUAGUUGAGAAUGUCAAGUAUGAAGAUAUUUAUGAGGUAACGUUACCAUCCAUGUCUGUGUAUGUGUUGAAGAAAGGCUAUUUCACGUUUGUUUUAUACUUAAAAGGAAUAUUUCAGCAUGAAGCUUUUCUCGAGAUAAUUAAGGUGUUUGUGCAGAAGGCUUUAAGGCCUGCUGUUUGAAAUUAAGUGAGCGUUUGAGUGAAGAGGGGGAAAUUUCAACACGAGUAUUAUUUCGUUUGGAAACAUUUUUGUCACAAUUUAGUUCAAAUUUUCGGAUUUUUUUCCCCCCUUUUCUAAUGUUAUCUUCAGACAGCUCGGUUUUUGUAAAAAGGGAUAUAAUGUGUGGAAUUGGAUUAAAAUACAAUAUUAUCUCAUUUAAAAAAAAUCUUAAUUCGCAUGUAUUUUACAUAUGUGCUCGAAACUUGCAGAUGUUUAUAGAGUGCUAAAAAAACACAACUAUAUUCAUCCCAGCCCUUAAAAAUGCGCGAAGAUGACUUUUCUGGAAAAAAAAGGGAAAAUGGAAAUGUGUUUUCAAAAACCGUAAAAUAUCGAAUAAAGUCGGGUUUUAGAUUUAAAUGGCUUAAAGAGAAGAUACGCGAGAAACCCGCCGGGUCAGAGGAGGCCGGUGUGUGUCAGGAAUAUGUAAAUCAUUUGGCUUUCAUCCCAGAACAAUAAUUUUUUAAAACGAGCGAGGGGAAGCGGAAAAAUUACCGCCGUGCGCGCGGGGGCGAAGUCCUGCUUCGGCUCGCGCUGAAUGGGCUCGAGCACAAAGCGCGCGGUGAGAGAAAAGGGCAGCUCGCGAGGCCCCUCCACUCAACCCGGUGGGAAACCGCUUGUCUCGUGCCGCACAUGGCUUUUCUCCCACGGCGCGAGGGAGGGGAGGCUGUGUGAUGUUGUUAAACAAGUCAAGCAAGAGGGCAAAGAGGGUUACAAUAUCAAGUUUAAUCGCUUCUUUUUUACCCGUGACAUCGUUCACACGAGCCCCGCGUGCGCCCUGUUGUGUCUCGAGAGUUUUUUUUUAGCAGGCUGAUAAAAGGCAGCUGCAGCACAACAUGAAGCGCCUUUUAUUUUGAAGGAGUGUUUUGUCCGCAGUGAAAAUGCCUGGAAAUUGUAGAGUUUGUAGAGAAAUGUGGAGUUUGGUUCUUCUUUAUUGUGUUUUAUUGUUAGAUGUUUUUCUAUGGACCUGCCUGCUCCCCAGCUGCCUCAACCACCUGCAUUAUGAACACAGUUAUAAAGCUAAUGUUAAUUUAUUAGCACCAUUCUUCUUUUGGAUUCUUGGUGCCUCAAUUGUUUUAAGUCUAACCCCCAUUAUUUAUCUCAACUUCAUCAUCAUUGCUAUGCUAUUAGACCUGUUGACUUGAAUUUCCAUAAAUCAAACUAAGACCGGUCUUUUUCCAUUAUCAUGCUGUUCUUGUAACCCUACACUUGUAUCAAUUGUGUCUUCUCUCUUUCUGCACCUCUCUCUGUCCGCUCUCUGUAGCAGAUGACUGGCAAACACGAGUCUGGUUCUGCUCGAGGUUUCUGCCUGUUAAAUGAAGUUUUUCAUCCUCUGUGUAACUCUCUUAAGGCUUAAAGUGUUUCACUCAUGUGGAUGAAGAUGAGAUGGGAGUAGGUCUGAUCUAAGAUGAUGGGGCUCAGUCAUGUCCCAUCUUUAUUGUGUCUCUAUGGUCUAGACCGGCUUUCUUGUUAAGCGUCUUGAUUUAAGACUUGUUAUGAAUAGGCUAUAUAAAUAAAGAGUGGGACGAGCCAGAAAAAUUACCCUGCACCCCGGUUCUUAAGUGCCAUAUUGUUGGCCUAGGACUCUAAAGUCGUCCCCAGUGGUACUGUUACCCUCAAACUUGACUUUUGUUGUUUUUUUAUGACGUCAAUGCGUCUUCGCGGAUGUUUCCAAAUAGUUGUCUACUUCACCUAUGCCAGAAUCUGCCCACUAAAGUCCCCAAAGUGUGUAUUUUCAUAGUGGGGGAUUCCUCACGGGUCUUUUCACCCUGUUUCGCUUCCCUCUGCCGUUGACAGACUCCUCUUUCUAUCUCCUGCUGCUCGCGCCUCGUUUCGGCUCUCCACGGAAUUUAAACGUCACUCACGGUUGCGCGAGAGGCUUCACGCUCCGUGUGUCGCCCAGUCCCCUGCCCCGCGCACAUUAAUAUUCCUGUAAGUCUCAGUCAUGAAUAACAAUUACACCGAGUACCGGGGUGGAGGCGGGCGCUCGGUGCUCAGAGUCAGACAAGCGGCAGCUCCGGGCGCAGGAAGGUUCAGUGAGGAGCUGUAAGACCGGCCCCAGCCCGAAGACACAAACAAGCUCCGUUUAACCUGGAAUGAGUUUGGUUAUCCCGGGUUGACUCGGUCUUUGCUGCCCUGCUGUUUUACCCUGAGCCUGUUCCUGACAGCUGCAGACGGUUUACAGAUGUUAGUUCAUUCAUACUCCACUGCGGUGAGUUUUCUUCCCUCACAAUCAUUCUCAGAGGCGGUGGAUAUUGCCAGGAAGUUUCGUUGUGAGACGUUUUGAUUAUGAGUGUAAUAAUUCCCCCUACAGGCUUUAAUUUUAUUCAGGAAACUAUGUGUUAGUUUGGCGACUUUUGCUGCAUCACCAGGGGCAAAAAUUCUCCAACAAACGCGUCCUGGUUCAGGCCUGCAGUUUGUUUAAUUUCGUUAAAACCGGUCUGGUUUACAAUUCAGCGACGAGCUCAUUUUAAAUAUUCUCUCCUUUUUACCCUCUUCUUCAAGGACCGGCAUGACGGUGUCUCGAGCCACAGCUCGCGCCUGUCCCAGCUGGGCUCGGUAUCGCACGCGGGACCCUACUCUAGCGCCCCACCGCUGUCUCACGCGCCCUCGUCGGACUUCCAGCCUCCGUAUUUCCCGCCGCCGUACCAGCCGCUUGCUCACUACCAGAGCCAGGACCCGUACUCCCACGUCAGCGACCCGUACUCCCUGAACUCCCUGCACCAGAGCCAGCAGGGCGCAUGGGGGGCUCGGCAGCGGCAAGAUGUGACCGGAGACCGGAUGGAGGGCUCCGGUCUGCUGGCUCAGCCCCGGGCCUCGCUGCCGCAGCUGUCCGGACUGGACCCUCGGCGGGACUACGGAAGCGUGAGGCGACCUGAUGUGCUGCUGCACUCCGCUCAUCCGGGACUGGAGCCCGGGAUGGGGGACGGACUGCUGCACGGGCUGCACGGAAUGGAGGACGUUCAGGUGAGUCAGAAUUCACACCUGGUCCAGCAAAUUCUAUUUUUUUUUAUUCAAGCUAUUGUUUCAGGCCGAAAUAUUUUUAAAGUUUAAUCUCAAUCGUUUUCUUCCAGGGGGGAAGUUUACCAAAAGACAUGUCAACUGGAGUUAUUUCCCACUGAAUUUUUAUUGGUUCCAUUUAUUUGUACAUGAUCUCACCACCAGAUAUUUCAUAAAUUCAGUUCAAAAUGGUCAUAUUAACAGAAACUAGAAAUACUGUCUCUUUUGCAUGAUUAAUUCUACCAGAUCUGCAGCUUUCUCUGCAUCUAAAUUAUUGGUAAUAAAUACCUGAAAGUGCAUCUAAAGAAAAUGAUGCCUAAUUGUUGACGGUUGUUCCAUUCAUUGUCUGGACAUGUUUCCGGUCCUUCAGAGUAAAGGUCAGUGAACUCAGAGCAGCUCCCUAAGGGCUGUACUCUCUGCAGCUGAAGCCUAAAUAAAAAUGGCCCAUAGCUAAACUGACUGUCUGCAGAGAGAUGGUCCUCCUCCUUUGGUGAGAAGAUGCUGAUUUGCCGAAAAAUAAUAGGGAUUAAAUUGCUGAAUGCAGCUUCAAUGCUGCUCUACAUUUAUAUUAAAUCCUCAUACACUGCCAUGAUUAUUACAACACGUGUACUAAACAUGCUGUGAUAUAUUGAAUAUUUUAUUUUGAAAAACAGAGAUGCAUUUUUCGGGGGCGUUACAUAUUCCUUUUAUAUUAUUUAUGCUCCUGUGUAAUUCAAAGAAUUUAAAAGCAAACAAUGUGCCUUUUUGUGAGCAUGUUUCCUGCCAAGGUGCACAUCGUAACCCACAAAAGUAGCCAUAACAGAGAAUGGGUUAAAAAGACUUGAUAUUCAGCUGUGUAUGAUUCCAUCUCCAUCUCGUCCACCCUCAGGGCUUCUCCAUCACGAAUUGUUUGCCAUUUAACCUCCACAAUAGAUUCUCAUUUCUGGCUCUCUGCAUUUGUGUCGUGCAUUUAUUAACCCCAUAGAAAUUUGUUUGAACAAAUUCUCUCUUUUUUUUCUUUUUUUUUUCGUGUUGCACGAGCGUGUAGCAAUUACAGCGACAUCAGAUCUGUUUAGCAGGGAGUUGAUCUCUCAGGAUGAUGAAUGAGGCUGAUGAAUGAGGCUGUGAAAUUGAGAAAACUGCUUUUUUUCCCUAUGAGUCACAUUAUCACGAAUAAAAGACGGGGGGGAUUAUGAACCAGAUUUAUUUGCUUUGUGGAAACAAACAACCGGAAUAAAUCCUGAGUAUUGAUUGGUCUUGUUGGAUUGUAUUUGUUGACUUAAAAUAAUGACUUUUUUUUACAGUGUAAAAACUUUUCAAGUAUAUUACAUUUAUUUUUUUCUUCUAUUUCUGGGGCUUUAACAGACAAUUGAAGAGACAAACGGCACCAACAUCCUGGACCAAUCGGUUAUUAAGAAAGGUAAAAAAAAAAAAAAAAAAAAAAACAAUAUUUACACAUCUUCUCCUUUGUCAUUUUAUUAGUUUAACAUGUAUCAAUAAGAUUUAAAAUGUCAAAAUUUAACAUAAAUGUCUGAUACGGAUUUAUUAUUUUCUUAAAAACAAUUUAAAUAUAGGUUAAAUUUUGAUUUAAGGACAUCCUCAUUAUUCCUUUUUCAUGCUUUUAAUUUGAAAUAUUUCUGGUGUGUGUAAUUACAGUCUCGAUAUUAACAGGGGAAUUUUAACAUAUCUUGCGCCGAAACUGGACAAAAAGGUCACAUAUCUUCACGUCUUUGGCUCCUAAAUAUGUCGUUUUGGACGUCUAGGUUGAGGAGUUGAAAGCGGGUUAACGAUCCCCGGGUAUUGACUGGCAGGCAGUGUGUCGCUGACAGGCUGCCACGCUGCCGCUCUGAUGAUGUGCGGUGAUUUAGUUACGGGAUGUUGAGUGACUGAGCUCCCCGCGGGGCAUUUAAGCCGCUGAUGUAAUAAAUGGCACCGCUCACGGAGAUCUCGUGAGCUCGUUUAGAGCUAAUCUGCGGUAUUAUCCCCCGUGGAGCCAUCAAAACCCCCUCAUACUGGCCCCUACGCAUGUAUGCAAGGCUGGCUGGCUUCUUCUUUUCCCCCCUUUUUUUUAAAGCCAUUAACGCGAGCAUUAACACGCGGGAUGAAUGAGCAUCCAGUGCCGGCUGGUGGGAGUUAAACCGGCCGUGGAGAAAAGACAGGGAGGUGGCUAAUGCGAUUUAAGAGCGAGAGCCAAUCAACAAUCGAUAAUAUUGUAAUGAGAAUGUCGCGCGACAUUAAAUAACGGCAAAUGCCCGGCGCGUGGGGGCUUCAUUAGGCCAGGGCCUCCCUCUGAGUGCGCGAGGUCUCAACACACUGAUGAAGUUUGACAAAGUGAAGGGGAAAACCUCAUUUUCAGGUUGAAAAUUGGUGUUUUUACUGACUUUGAAAAGAAUACCUGACUCGGUCUCUUUCAGUCCCCAUGCCCCCCAAGAACAUGGGCUCGCUGAUGCUCGGGAAGGACGGCCUGAUCGGUGGGGUGACCGUGAACAUCAACGAAGUUUUCUGCUCGGUACCGGGCCGCCUGUCGCUGCUCAGCUCCACCUCCAAGUACAAAGUGACCGUAGGGGAGGUGCAGAGGAGACUGUCCCCACCCGAGUGCCUCAACGCCUCCCUGCUGGGGGGCGUGUUGAGAAGGUAGGACUGCAGCCUGAGAUCAUAUUGAUGCUCAGAGUUAACAGUGGAUGUAUUUAAAAGCUCGUUUAAUAUGCAGGGGGUGUAUUAAUUAAAGCUGGAGCUUUAAAGUCUCAGUAUCUGUGCCAUUUGCAGCCCAGAUUGUACUUAACAUUAACCAAACCUCUCGAGACAAAUUGAAGCACAACCUGAUGACUUCAAGCUGAUGACUUCUGGUUAUAAUAAAGUUUCCAGACUCCUGAGUGAAUAUUCGCCAUUUAAUAGGCUAAAUAUAACGCCCCUUAAAAUAAUGAUAUGAAAGCAUUUCCAGCAUACCCUAAAUUAAGUUUCAUUGUUAUGAUUGUGACUUGUUUCUGCAGAGCAAAGUCCAAAAACGGAGGGAAAUGUCUGCGAGAGAAGCUGGAGAAGAUUGGAUUGAAUUUACCUGCAGGAAGACGCAAAGCAGCCAAUGUCACAUUAUUAACAUCUCUAGUAGAAGGUGACUGAGCUCAUGUUCCUAACCCCAGAAAUACACAGACACUACAGAAAUGUUAUUGUUUAUUGAAGUAAUUUUUUUGUUUUGCCAAAACACAUGAAGGACUUAAGAAGAAUAUAUGUUUAUUUUUAUCCUCAUGUGACAAUGACUUGACACCCAAAGUGUGGCAUCACAAAAACUUACACUGUGACCAAGACUCCAAAGGUCAUGACCUACAGGAUUUGGAAAUACGCUGCGCUUGUACCUGACUGAUAUGAUCAAAAACAUACAUGCUCCUCUUACUCGUUGCCCAUUGUAAAGCGGCUCAUGUCAAAACAAACAGGUGGGCCUGAUAACAGUGUUAGAAAGACUGUCUUUAAAAGCUGCUCUUCACACAAAGUGUUGGACUGUUUUUAGCCAAAUUGUGGGCUUCUAAUGUUCUAAAAGGUUUAUUAAAGCCACAUUUCACACUUUUAAGGUUGAUUUGCAUUUAAUUUUUAAAUUGUCGAUUAACUUUAUUUUAUUCAAUUGUUUGGUGUGUGUGUGUGUGUGUGUGUGUGUGUGUGUGUGUGUGUGUGUGUGUGUGUGUGUGUGUGUGUGUGUGUGUGUGUGUGUGUGUGUGUAUUUUGUUCUGUGCUUUGUCAUCUGGGGGCGUAAAAUAGAUCUGCAUCUCAUACGCAAACUAAGUAGACUGAUCAUCAUCUAACGUUUAUUUUCACUCUAUAAUUUGGGCUAAUAGGAAAUUUACCUCUUGGUAGCAUAAAUAAAACCAACCCUGAAUUUGUAUACCCAUAUACUGAAUAACUUAGCCUCCUUUUGUAAUUUCUGUGUAAUCUUGUGUGUAUUCUGGUCCCCCUCAUCUUUAUCUUAUAUGUUGACAGUUAAUGACAUUUGGGACCAAUUCUUGUGAGAAGCCUCCAAAAUAUGGAGUAAAAUUAGCCCGUUUGGCAACUCUUGACCAAUAAUAUCGAUGUUAAAACAAAAAAUUUAUUUUAUUAUACCCGGAAACAGAAUAGGCCUAAGUACACAAGCUAACUGAAUCAUGAAUCUUUCGUGCGUUUUUUUCCGCCAGUCGCGGAUUGAUAUGAGGCUUACACGUGAGGAUACCGACUUUUUCAAACAAACUGGUAAUUUUUAAAAUAACGGACAACAGACACCCGCUAAAACCAGUAAAAUGUGGGCUAAAGUUUGACGAAAUGUCCGUUAUUGGGCCAUUUAUUCGUCUGACAAACCUGUAUUAACUCGAAUCUUCAUUGUUGUCUUCCCCCAGGUGAAGCGGUCCACCUGGCCCGGGAUUUUGGUUACAUCUGCGAGACGGAGUUCCCCACCAAGGCCGUGAGCGAGUACCUCAACCGGCAGCACGCGGACCCCAACGAGCUGCACACGCGGAAAAACAUGCUGCUGGCGACAAAGUGAGUGUGAUGGAGCGUUUGAUUAGAUUCUGUUCGUUUACUGUCUUCAUGGGGAGGAAAUAUAAUACAUGUCUGCGGUUUAAUAUCGAGGAUAGGAGACGAGGAGACAGGUGGAAUGAGAUCAGAGCAGAAAAAAACUGUGGUGGAGUCGCUGAUAUCACGAUAGACAUGUUCAAGCAGAGAAGAGCUUCAUUAAAAAUAAGCAGUUUAAGCUAGGAGUCAGGUAAAGACAUUAUAAUACACAUACGAAUAAGCAGACGAGAAGACAGUUUCCUAUUCAAGUGCCUCGAAUACAUUGCUCCAAAUCUCCACGAUAGCCCUAAGUUUGUAAGUUUUUAUUGCCUCUGGUUCAAAUUUACAAUUUGUUACACAUACUUACUCUCCUGUAAGUAAGCACAUUUCUGAUAAAAGAAAUUAUCAUAAAAUUAAACUCACCCUUAUAAUUUUACCAGGGCCUCCACACCCCCCUCUCUGGGCCUCUCCCCAGGGGGUUAAACCUUCCAUAUCCACCCUUAUAUAUUACAACCAGCCUUCUUAGUGAAUACACAGUGAACAUGCUUUGACAUUUAUAAAAGAGAGAUUUUUAUAAAUGAAAGGCAUCAACCUUGGUGUAGAUCUGACCUGUAAUGAAAUGGCUGAUUGGAAUAGUGUCAUAAAGGGAAAAUAGGUGAGUUAAAUCCAUUUAAAACAAGGGGGAAAAAAACUCUAACAUGCAAGGACAUAUUUACUGAGCUGAAGACAAUGAUUUAAUUUCAAUCUCAUGACAAGAUGUAAGAUGCAUGCUAUAAAAUAUCAUCACUUUGUAUGCGACUGCACAACUUAGCAUCUUUACAGGCGGUUCAUUGCACAGAAUAACCUUUUGCUCAUGUAUGAACAAGCCUUAUGUGCCUUAUGCAGCUCAGAGACAUUAUAAAACAUGAGCUUUGAGGUUCCUCCUGUAUGUUUGACCUCUGCUUAUGGUCUUAAAAGCAAUCCAUUUUACAUUUGACUCCUCGUAAAGUUACUUUUAUUAAUCCAUUUUACGGCCCUUUAACUGUGGAAAUGAAUCAAGGAUUGUCUGAUUAGCCUUAGCAGCUGAGAAAUGUGGAUUUUUUUCUUUAAAGAAAGCAGGCAGAGGGGAUGUGGGUUUAAAAAAGUAGACUGAAUUGGAGUUUAACACUUGAUUUUUUGCCUGUGUUAAUUUCAGCAAAAUAAGCAUUUCACAAAUUAAUGAAUAGUCCUAUUUCAGUGUGGGUUUCCACCCAUGAAAGAUGACCAUUUGAUCAGCUUUUGCAACCGAGACAUACCGAUUUCUUCAAACUCAAAUUUUGGAUUAAAAACUGAAAUUAUCCCAUUUUUUGUCUAUGUCCAUCUGCCAAGAAAAAACAUGUUCAGGUAAUUUAUGUCAAGUCCUUUCUCAGGUCCUUUUAUAGCCCCAAAUGGUCAUUUUUAACGUAUGUUAAAACCAGAACUGCCUGAUUGGCCUUAGGAACCAAGAAAUACAAAGACACCAGGCUGGCAGAGUUGAUCACCAUUUGGAUGCAAACUUUCAUCUCCUUUGGCUUUGAUAAAAAAGAAAACUUCCACAAAAGUAAUUAGUAGUCUCGCAGUCUUCUGUGUCCAUUUACUCCCCUGGUUUUAAGUUUUCAGGGGGAAAAGGUUGCACAUAGCUGUAACACCAUUUUCCAAAGAUCCCUCCAGGAUGCUUGUAUUUUUAGCUUGCAUAAAUAGUGCUUUUUGCUGGCCUGCACUGCAUUAACCAUCUGCCAAUCUGUGUGUGUCAGUGCAUGUGUGUUUGCAUCCUGAUGUACUCAGUAUGUACGGUGUGUUCAGUGGUGGAUGUUUGAUGCCCAGAUUCAAACCUGUUCCAAUACUGUGUGUCGGUGCUGCCUGUUAGAAAUUCAUUAUUUAGCAGCAAAGUGUUUCAAGCCGUCAGAAAACAACAGCGAGGGCCGCCAGUCUAGCCCGGGGACGCGGCUUCUCCUCUCUACUCCCCUAACCCCAGCUGGGCUCGGCCCGCACAGCCUGUCACUCAUUUGCUGCAGCUCUGCCCUUAGGCCGCUGACUGUGUGUGUGUGUGUGUGUGUGUGUGUGUGUGUGUGUGUGUGUGUGUGUGUGUGUGUGUGUGUGUGUGUGUGUGUGAAUGGGGUGAGCAAAUCUGAGAGAGGGGGGAAAGGAGGAGAGAGACAGAGAGGGGUCUCUUGAAUAUAAAAUGUGGGCCUAAAACCAAAGGAUGAUUUGCUGAAAUUUAACAGCAAGGUGAAGACGGGAUUUUCUUUCUGCUGAGGGUUUUUCAGUUUUAAAUCUGCCGCAUCUGCAAUUUUGAUCACACAAGAUUAACGAUUUACCUGUAAUGUGAAGGCCACAGUCCAAACCGUUUUCAUGCUCGGAGUUCAUUUUUUGAGGCACAAAGGGCCAGUAUUUCAAUGUUUUUAUGUGUUCACCCAGGACCACAGGAUCAUUUCGGUAAGCAAAAUUUGCAAACCUGAAUGUAUGAUGUUAUAUGAGGCAGGUUUUUGUGAGGGGUCAAUGAAGCCAGAAAGGAGGGCAAAGCUAACUCGCCCAUAGUCCCCUUUUAGAGUCAGGACUUCAAGUCAUAUAAAGGGCUUCAUUUUCAGACAAACUUCUCCAAAAAGACCUACCAAAGACUUUUAAAACUUCUCCACACACAGCAGCCUCAGUGCACCAGAAUGUACUUCAGCCCGAGGGCCUUUUUAGGGGGAUUAUACACCUCUAAAUUGAAAACUCCUGCUCUUUCACAGCUACUGCUCAGGUAUAGAUACACUGACGCCAAUGAUUGCAUCAACUCCAUGCAGCUUUUUUUUUCCUCCGCUAUUUCAAAUGUACUCUGGGAAACACACAGAAAAUGAUAUGGAUUUAAAGAGUGAAAGAAAGUAUUCCACCUUCAAUGUAAAAAGGCCUUUGGAUAGGCCAUAAAAUAAAUCACUGCAAGGAAAAAGACAAAAUUCUCAGGCCUGUUGGCUAUUACAGGGCAGAGAUUUUGCAUCAAAUAAAAGUGUAUGCAGUCGGGUUAAAACACUUAGUGCUAUACCAGCAAAUCCUUAUUUAACUUCUAUAAUCUUGUCCUGAUUUGCAAAGAACCAAGACACAAAGCAUUUGUUCAAUUCACUCUCAUGUUACACAGGUGUGUGAGGAGCUGCAGGACCAUGACUGAGAGUUUCAUCAGUCUAGGUUUCAGAGACAGCUCCACUGCUUUUUAUUCUUUUUAUUUUCACCCUUACAAGAACACCCUGAUAGAUUAAUCUUUGAUUAUUCUGUAUUUAGAUUUUUUAUUAUUUACUGAAAUUCCAGUUCAAUUUACCAAUCCAGUUUUUCAUUUCAAUUCCAAUGAAAAAGCAGCAAAAUAACAAUAUAAAUCCUGGCUCCACAUCAAAUCAGAACAACUAAACAUGAUGUAGUAGCAAGCCAAUGGCUUUUAUGGGAAGUAAGUUUCACCUAGUUUAUAGGGUACAGAUGUUUGGCUUGAAAAUAUUUAGUUAAGAAUGACUAGCAUUUGUUAUCAUUUCAACCAUCACCCAGUCAAUUUAAUGUAAAAGAAUAGGAACAAUUAACAUCAGAGGAGAGCAUGUCAGUCGCUUCAAAACACCCAAACUCAGGACACCAGUUUGGCUUAUAGCAAAUAAAUUGUGUGUCCCAUGUGUCACAUACUUGUUCAGUUCACUGUCCUGUCGUCUAAAUAGAGGCAUAAAAAAGCCCAGAAAUAAACCAUAAAAACAGGCCUGAACCUCACUCUGUAUAAGAUAAAUGGGCCUUAUCUGCCAGAGCAGAAAAGACAGGAGCGUAUAGGUGCGUUUGGAUCUUAGACAGGGAAGUCUGCCCCUAAUGCUACAAUCUGACUGUAAUCUGACUGUACAUCUUUGACUUUGUUUUAAGACAGAUUUUGCAGUAAUAUUUUGAUAAAGCCUGAUCUGGAUGAAGUUUAUGAAGUUUUCAGCCAGACAGGGGUGAUUUAUAUAUGGUAUACUGGUUUGAUAUUGUCUGAUUUUUUGGCACACAUUGGAUGUUGGCAUUUAUGUUUGAAUGCAGACAGCCUACUGCAAUGUCUUGCAUGAGCAGGUCCUGCAAGGAAACAGCUUUAGUAAUUUAGGUUUUAAAGAGUUUCUAUACCUUGUGCAGCCCAGAAAGCAAACAUAAAUAAAAGCAAAGUUUAAACCUGUAGUUUAAGGUCAAGUGCUUUAAUAGUGAAGAGGUAAAAAUGUAAUUAUUUGCUAGCAGUUUAAAUACCAUGUUAAAUUUUGCCUCCUCUCUAAAAUGAUGGACUAUAUUAUGUUUCUUAAUUACAAACAGGUCCAAUAAAAUGCUUUUAAAUCUGCAGCUUAAAGAUGACAAUUUGAGACUUCUCAGGGGUUCAGUACUAGUACAAGGCGCCAAAUACUACUGAAAAAUAUCCUCUACCAGCAGUACUAAAGAUACUCUACAGAAACACAAAAAUGAGGCAGAGCUCCCUCCUGAUAACUUCUUGUGUCUCUCUCCCUGCAGACAGCUCUGUAAGGAGUUCACAGACCUGCUGGCCCAGGACCGGACUCCCCUGGGCAACUCCCGGCCCAGCCCCAUCCUGGAGCCUGGCAUCCAGAGCUGCCUGUCCCACUUCUCCUUCAUCACACACGGCUUCGGCUCGCCCGCCAUCUGCGCCGCACUCACCACCCUCCAGAACUACCUCACCGAGGCUCUCAAAGGACUCGACAAGAUGUUUCUAAACAACCCGUCCAACAACCGGCACGGUGACAGUGGCAACAAGGCCGGCGACAAAGAGGAGAAGCAGCGGAAAUGAAGCAGGGGAUGAAGAGGCGAUCCAGCGUUACUUCUAGCUUUACACCACUGCCACUGACCUGCCACACACAGGGCCAGGGAGAAAGAGGAGAAGAAGGAGGACACCCGUGGGCCAGUGUCAGAGAGCACAGAGGGAUUUUUCAUCUGUGUUACGUUCUUUUCAUUCCCCUGAGGACAUGGUGGUUACUGUGUUACAUCCAUUUCGCUCCCCCUGCCUGCAUCCUGUGAGACUGAGACUCUGAGCAGCCAACAAAUGACAUUGUGUAUGUGAGUGCCUGUGUGAGUGUGUGCUUGUGUUUGUACUCUCUAUAGACUGUGCGAAAAGAUGGACGACACCACAGCUAACCAAAAGUGAAGCCAGAACAUCUCCAUGGCUGGCUGCAGUGUAGACCUUCUCCAUGGUAAUAGAUGGAUCAUGGGUCAUCCUCAAAGUCCAAACAACACAUGAAAAUUUUGUUGUUAUCAUGCUAUUUUAUUUCCUAUUGGGUUUUUUUCCUGAAAAAAGAGGGGGCAUUACAUCACUGCUGACAGCUUUUGACAAAUGAAGGAUCUAUGUCAGCCUAUCAACAAGUGAAUGGAUGUUUUGGGUCAGAGCAGAGAUGGGAUGUUAAUGUUGCAGCCCCACAAGUCAAUCCCAGCUUUAUUCUGGACUCCAGCCCAAAGUUACAUCACCAGUGAUUCACAGUCCAGCACCAUGAAUGUCUACUUCAGUUUAACAAAAAGCUGUUCUGCUGUAGACCGUGCCAACCUAAGGGAUCUUUGCUGGCUUGCUGAGUCAGUGUAUGUUUUGGGUAGACAGGAUGGCAGUGAUGCAGUUCCCCAUGCCAACAUUCACCGUGUAGAUUCUGACCUUAAAAGACACUGUGAGGGUUUGCUUCAGAUUAACUGUUAUGCAGUAGACAUUGCCAGCCCAAGAGCUCUUUGCCAGCUUGUUGACAAGUAAAUGAGUGGUUUGGUCAGCCAUCACAAUGGGACGUCAAUGUUUUAGUUCCCCUUGCCAGUUAUUCCCAUUUCAAGAAUCUGUGCUCCUAAAGACUUUACUGGCCUGACCAGUCUUUGCUAGCGUGUUUAUAAGCUUAAUGUGUGUUUUCCAGUCCAGGCUCUGAUACCAAGUGUCACUUAUCAUGUUAAGUCACAAAAAGCUGUUCUAAGUCUUUUCUGGUUUGACCAUAAGUCCGUAUGUGUAAUAAAUAGAGGUUCAGGCUGGACGUCUAUAUUGGGGCUCUCCUUACAUGUGAUGCCACUAGUCAUCGAGUACAUAAUCUUAAACAUCUGCGUCAGACUCACGAGAUGCCAUUCAUUAGUAGACUUUGUCGGGCAGAGGGAUCUUUGCCAGUUUGUUGGGUUUAAGUUAAAAAUGAGAUUGAUGGGAAGGGUCAAAUUUUGACACCUUGCCCCUUUCUGAUGCCUCAGUCUCUACUGUCUAGAAUCUGCACCAGUCAUGCUUUGUCCAUAGCUGUGAGAGUCUACUUCAGACUUACUGGAUAAUGUUUUUGGUAGACUUUGCUGGCUUGCUGAUAAGUUCAUGUAUUAUACAAAGAAGUUAAGACUGGAUGUUAAUAUUGCAAUUUCCAUUGCCAGUUAUGACACUAGUCACCAACAGUGCUUCAGACUAACAGGAAAAGCUGUUUUGCUUUGGACUUUGCAAUCAAGACAGAUCUUUGCCGGCUUGUCUAUAGUUAAAUGUGUGUUUUGGGUGGUGGGAAAGGGGUGCUUAUAUCACAGACUGACCCCAAGAGAUGUUACCAUGACCAGGGGCAUCUGCUUCAGAAUAACAAGACACUGUUGCGCUGUAGACUUUGCUGGCCUAUAUAAUCUUUGCUGGUUUGUUUUUAAGUCACUGUGUUUUUGUGAACAAAGGGUGGGGAAUUUUUACUACGGCUCUACCAUCUAAUGCACAGAUUCUCACUCUAAAUAACACAAGAUGUCUGCAGCCAUGUUGGAAUAUUUUGGCUUCACUUUCGCAUUGCAAGAUUCAGAGAGGUGCCGUCCAUCUUAAACUCAGUCAGUGGUCCUCACACAGAAAAGCAUUGUGGGUGACUUUUGGGUAAUGAGUGUCAUAUCUGUAAAACAGGUUUGUGUGGUUACUAUCACAAAACAAGGCUGGAGGUUGUUAAUUUAUGUGUGUAAAUAUUUAUUUAUAUUAAUUUAAAUGAAUGGUUGUGUAAAUAGGUGCACCAGCUACUUUUGGAGGAGUAGGCCUAUUUAUCUGUGAUUCGACCGUUGGGUGGGGGGGGGGGGACUCAUCCAGUGUUUUUCUGUUCUUAUAGAGCUGUUGUCAUGUUGAUGAUGAUGAAGAUGAUGAUGAUGAUGGGUAGACAUGCUUCUAAUUGUCCAGUGAUUUUAUUUCUAUCACAUUGAUAAUAAACCAUGUGUUUUAUUAUGCGAGGUGUGCAGCCUGCGCCUUUUCUCCUGCAGGGACGGAGUCCCACUGUUAGGGUCAGAGGUGGGAGUAAUUUUCAGUUCAAUCAAUUCAGGAUAUAAAAUAUGGUCUUCAAUAACAAGCUGAGAGUAUUUAACUCUACUUAAUUCAUUGACUAUUAAUUGAGAUGUUUAAAAAGCUGGCUGAUUUAAAGAUUUAAUAUGGUGGCUGACAAAGGAGGCAAUCAACAGCAAGAACAAUUUUUAUUUCCCAAAAAGUGCAGCAAAUAAUUCAACACAAAUUUAAAAACACAUGCGUAAGUGGAAAAUAAAUGCAACAGCAGAAACACAUUGUAUAUGAUACAAUUAAGUGUCCUGACAAAAACAAAGCUAUUUCACCCAUAGUGCCCCUACAGGCCUGGAGUGCUGUGAUUGAAAAUACACAUUAUGCAGUUUUUAUGUUUGCAGUGCUUUUCUGCUUCUGAUUACAUUUGGCUUUGCAUCAUUUGUGUAUUUGCAGCGGCUUUGCCAUCAAUACUGCUUGUUUUGUUGUUGUUUUUUUGUUUGUUUUGUUUUUUUGCAGGCUUUUUUUUAACCCAUUUGCAUUACAGCUGUUGCAUGUGCAUUUUGAAUUUGCACCAUUUUAACAUUUGCUGCAGAUUCUUUUCGAUGGCGAUCGCUCAGGCCAAUUCAGUUCAUCAGCCAUCAUUAUUCAAGAAAGAUGUUUUGUAGGUGCAGGUAUUGAUUAGCUAUUCUAAUCAAUAGCCUAAUAAUUAUUCUUUAUGGCAGGUGAUCAUUUCUUUUGCAUGCAAAAAAAAAACAAAUACAUUGGAAUAAUUCAGAUCUUCCAAAAGAAUUUUACUCUCAACCAUCAGCUAAACUUUUUGUAUUGUGCAAUGAACUAUGUGGACUAUUUUAUGGGAUGUAGCCCCUCAACAUAUCACUGUCAUUGGAAGUUGUAACAAAAAUUACCAUUUUUGCUUCAUAAUGUCCUGUACUUCAGGACUAUCGAAGUACUUCAGGACUAGUACUUCCUGUACAACUACAUUUAAAUGAUAGAGAGACCAAGGUUGGUUGUCUCACAGGUUGGUUGUCACAUAGCUUAUUACAGCUGCACUUUAAGGUUGAUUGUCAUCAUAUUUAUAUUAUACACUUGGUCUGAUGUGAUGAUUACUUCAAUGUGGCCAAGUUUUUAAUCAGACAUCAAACACUGAGGUGAGAGAAUAUUGUGAUUUUUGUGGGUCAGAGUAUUUCAAUACUUCUCAUAUUAAAGUUUAAAAGGUGAUUAGUCAUUUCAGCAAACAUUUAAUAAAAAGUGGACUUUCUGAGCCUUGUUUGAGCUUGCUAGUGACAGCCAUAUGGUAACAGCACAAAAGCUUUGUCAAGAGGUCAGAUGGGGCUUCCUUUCACAUACCUGCUCAAAUUACUUGACUAUUGAUUAAAGAAAAAUUAACAUAAGUAGAUAAAAAUGUCACUUUUCAAACAAAACACAAUAUCUAUAGGGAUAACCAACCCUGUAAUGUGUCUAGUUAUCACACUGUGUCCAAGUGUCUUUGAGUGUUAUUUAAUAGCUUGUUAAUAAAUCAAGCUACAAAAAUGAAA